CCAGAAAUCAACCAAACCCUGACCUGCUAGCACCUCUGUGGGGGAAAGGUGAACCCUUGCCAUUUCCAGGUCCACAGAAGGGGUUUGGUGGGAACGAGCAUGGUGGUAGUGCUUCCCGAUACCCAUCGGCCGAAACCAGGGAACGGCUGUGGCAGGUGGCGUUUCUCCUCCUCCCGCCCUUCUCUGGUUACCUGGCUCCAUCUCUGCAAACAAAGGGGAGGGUGUGGGACGCAGGUGAUGGUGACGGAGGAGCGGAGAGGAGCGUCCAGCAGCCAGCACUGAAACCCCACCCCGGGGCCAGCCUGCAUAAAUAGCGCUGCGCACAGGUGUAAGCCGAUCCCCCGGCUGCGAGCGGCGGCGGGUGACGGCGACGGUCUCGGUCCGUGGGUUCUUCUCCACCAUCGCCUGGAGCACGUCACUGAACCGUCCACCACCAUGUCGAUGGGGCUGGAGAUCGGCGGCGUGGCCUUGUCCGUGCUGGGUUGGUUGUGCAGCAUCAUCUGCUGCGCGUUGCCCAUGUGGAGGGUGUCGGCCUUCAUCGGGAACAACAUCGUGACGGCCCAGAUCAUCUGGGAAGGGCUGUGGAUGAACUGCGUGGUGCAGAGCACGGGGCAGAUGCAGUGCAAGGUCUACGACUCCAUGUUGGCGUUGCCGCAGGACCUGCAAGCCGCCCGUGCCCUGCUGGUGGUGGCCAUCAUCUUGGCCGUCAUAGGCUUAAUGGUGGCCAUCGUGGGAGCCCAGUGCACCCGCUGCGUGGAGGACGAGAGCACCAAAGCCAAGAUCACCAUCGUCUCCGGCGUCAUUUUCCUCCUGUCUGGUGUCAUGACCCUCAUCCCUGUCUGCUGGUCAGCCAACACCAUCAUCCGGGAUUUCUACAACCCGCUGGUGAUCGAAGCGCAGAAGCGGGAGCUGGGCACCUCGCUCUACGUGGGCUGGGCGGCUUCCGCACUCCUGAUGCUGGGGGGGGCCCUGCUUUGCUGUUCCUGCCCCCCCAAAGACGACAGGUACCCCACGGGAAAGGUGGCCUACUCUGCCCCACGCUCAGCCGUCACCAGCUACGACAAGAGGAACUAUGUCUGAGCCCCCCAGGGUCCCUCGGAACCCCCCGACAUCCCCCACCCCACCGACCCACCCUGGGACUCUCAUCGCCCUCCGUGGGGCCCGGGGACGGCAGCGCCGGGGCGGGGGGGGGGGGGGGCGCGAAGGAAGGGUUGGGGACGGCCGCGGGGUCAGGGCCGGGCUGUGUAAAUAGAGACAGUUUCGGUUAAACACGAGGCAGUUUCGGGUCGGCGGGAGAAGCGGCGCCCGGCGAGGUCCUGCCACGCCGACGGGGCAGGAUGAGGACGGGAUGAGGACGGGAUGGGGACGGGAUGGGGACGGUGCCUCCCUGCUGUAGCCCCCCAUCGCUGCUGGCCCGGCACCGUCUGUCCCUGUUACGCGUGGUCUGUACCGGUUACAUUUGUCAAUAAACGUGUCCUGUUUUGGUA